GCGAGCUCGGUUUGUCGGUUGAUCCCCACUCUCUGCAAAUCUCCCCAAGUCCGCGGCGGCGUCUUCUGUUUUUUCGAGUGUGCUGUGGCUUGUUUAUGUUAAUCCGAUAUUUAUAUAUACAGGCGAAAUAUUGCAGAAUUAGCAAUAAAUUCGGCCAAUUUAUCGGACUUUGGUUUUAGAAGCGUGAGACCCGCGAGCUGGAAACCAGUAAAAAAAUGAGUGUGCAGCAUAAGUGAUCGCUAAAAGUGGAAGUUAAAGGGUCAAACCGGUUCUCGGACAACAUGGAGUUGCCACCGACAACAACAACAACAGCAGCAGCAGCAACAACAAAUGCGUCGGCAUCCUUGCAACGUGUCGCCUCGGAAUCCAGUCUUGGUCGGGAGCAUUCAGCUGCUCCGCCUGGCCAACUAAUGGCUCAUCACUAUCAUUACAUCCAAUAUCCGGCGCACUUCCAGCCGCAGCAGCAGCAGCAGCAGCUCCAGUUGGAGCAACAACCCCAACAACAGCAGCAACAACAGCUGGCCUGCCAGUGCCCCUGCUCCUGUGGAAGGGCACCUGCUCCUCUGCCGCCGCAGCCCACGCAUCCCGGACAGAAUGCCUCGAUGGCCGUGGCCGUGCUGGUCCACCAACAAACUCCCAGUCAGCAGGAACUGACGAGGGUUUCCCCCCUCAAAACCCAGUCCGCCCAAUCCCUGCUCAACCACUCCUACCAGGCGCUCCACGAGGAUCAGCAGCAGCCCCAUCAGCAGGAUCAGCUCCAACUGGACUCCUCGGCUGGAGCCGGCAGCUGUGACUGCGAUCUGGAGUGCACCUGUCCAGCCACUGGGGGAAACUCCUCGCUGGCGCAGCACAAGAGGAGUCUGCUGGCGGAUGCCAUGUUGGGAGCCGACGAGAUCACGGUCAGUGAGUCAGACAACAAUAGCACCAUGAUCAAGAAGAAGAAACCCCGAUCCGGCGGAGGAGCAGGUCAACUUCCGCCGAAGACCCAGCCCACCGUUGAUAGUUGCAACGAUAUCUACCACGACACGGAGUUGGAUGGCGCAGGUGGAGCAAUCACUGCUUCCAAUGGUUCGGGUAUCAAGUCCCCAAUCCUGGAUGACAAUCGUCCUCCGCUCCCGCCACGCCCACCGCCCAGACCAAGGAGUAAUGCAAAUGGUUCUAUAGCACAUCGCCAUGGAGCUGGGAUCAAGAAGUACGUGGUCUGGUGCCUCAUCUGCGGCGGCUUCAGUUGCCUGCUGGGCGUGCUCUUCCUGGGCGUCUACUUCCUGCUCCAUUCCUACACCAUUACGGUGGGCAACUUCGAAACGGUGCCCACAUUCGUGCCCGCCACCCUCCUCAUCCUCACGGGAAUCUGCAUCAUGAGCCUGGCUAGGCGUCGCAAUCGCUAUAGUUACUUGAUAAAGCUUUCUGGAGCUUGUGGCCUGGUAUCCGCCUUAACCUGCGCCUUGGUCACCGUGACCACCACUGUGCUCCACAUGAGUCGCCUGCAGGCUCUGAGGGAAUGCGAAUAUGCCCAGAAGACGAGGACCUGCACCUGCUACUCGGAUCUUAUUGAAUCCCAGGUGGAUCGAGUGGAUAAGGAAGGAGUGCGCCUGGUGUUCGACUCCCUUUCGGAUUGCGGUGUCGUUCACGGAUCUCUCUACUCCUGCCUGAGGGCCAUCUUCGGCCUCUCCGUUGCCGGAGUCCUGAUAGCCGUCUUCAGCUGCAUGCUGGUGUACCAGCUGCUCAGCCACGAGCGCAAGAAGAUGUACUGGGAGCAGCUGGAGCUGCGCUGCAGAUCCCUGUACGCCAGUCAGGCUCCUCCGCCGGCCUUGGGUCCCGGCAGGAUGUUGAACUGUCGCUGUUGCGAGCAGUGCCACGCCCACAGGCAACUGACCCUGCCGCUGCAGGCCACCGGGUAUCCGUGGGACGAGGCCACGGUGGCCGCCGCAGCCGCAGCUGCCGGAGGAGGAGGCGGGGAGCAGCGCUUCUGGACCGCCCAGCCGCCGGGCAACUUCUACUCGCCGAAUCCCGGGGGCGAGGAUGCGGUGGGCACCUGCCGCAGUGGAGAGCGCGGAGCGGGACGCAGCAGCAGCGGCUGGAGCUGGCCGCGAAUGCCCUGGCAGCGAACCACUCCGGACACGGGACGCAGGUUCCGUCAGGCGGCCGCCAGUCCGGACUCGCAGUACGGAUUCAGUUCGUCCACGGCGGUGCAGGGCGACGGCAACCAGAUGCUGAUAGAGGAGCCCGUGGUGGCCACCGCCUACAGCGGGAUGCCCCCACCAAAUGCCCUGCCCUACGGCGUUUGGGGUCCUCCGCCGCCGUACAGCGAUCCCAACAGUCCGGCGAGGCGGGGCUACUACCAGUAUCUGCAGCCCACGGCCUGUCUGGUGGGCAACCCGGGCGCCGUGGCCGUCACCCUGGCCCAAGAGCAGAUGCACCCGAACCUGCAGCAUCCGCAGCAGCAGCAGCAACUGCAGCAGAUGCAGCUACAAAGGCUGCAGGUGCAGUCCGCCACGUUGGAGCGCAUGGAUGGACUCAGCAGUGCGGGCAAUGUCAGCACUCUGGUGGCGGCCACCCGCUCCUCUGCCUACAAGUCCAAGGCGGAGUACGAGAACACGCCGUCGGACAGCGGGGGGAAUCCCCGGGAGAGGGAGCGCUGCUCGAACACCCUGCCCACCAGGAAGCUGAAGAAGCGACUGGAGGCUGGAACGGGGGCCAAGAGCAUCGGUCCGCAGAGCAAUCCCGGCCAGCACCAGCGGCCCAAUGUCCAGCAGCUGUUCGCCAAGCAGGAGCAGCAGGCGGCGCAGGUGAAUCCGCAGCAGGCGCAGCCGCAGACAGCCGGAGUGGAGAACAGUGGCUACCAGGACUCCAACGGAGCGAUAGCCAAGGAUCAGGCGAUGGGAACGGAUCCGGCCGAGUCGGAGGUCUACUUCGCCGACGUGAGCAGCUGCUGCAACAUGUCCGUGAAGAACGACAGCUACUACGACAAUGCCCAGCGACACCAGAAUCACCAGGGACACCAGAAUCACCAGGGGCACCACCACCACCACCAGCACCAGCACAGCAACUGCAGCCACAGCAGCGGGCAGAGCAACGGGAACGCCAACGCCAAUGCCAACGAGGAUUACCUGGCACAGCGGUUCGGGCGGGGCAGGGAGCACUCCGUCCGGAGUCGGCUGCCCAUUCCGCAGACGAGGAGGGAGGACGACUACGAGAGCUCCAACCUGAACAUGCCCACGCUGAAGGAGCAGCAGCAGCAGGCGCAGCAGCUGCAGAAGGAGAUCUCGCGCCAGAGCAUGUGCUCCGUGGAGUCGGAGGCCAAGACGGAGUUCACCGACCUCUCGCCCUCGACGCCCUGCGGCGGUAAUCUUCCCCUGCCGCCGCCGGCGAACUUUGCCAGUGAUCCGCCGGGCCCGACGGGUCAGCAGUCGCCCAGCUUCGUGGCCUCGUUCCCCUACUCCUCGGAGUCGCAGUGCCUGGAGGCGCACCGCCGCUCUACGAAGAACAUCCACGAGCUGCUCAUCGCCGGAGUGGAUGGCCGGGGCUCCUCGGCCGGCGGCGUAGGAGGCGGCGACUCGCACUACGAGGUGAUCAACGACCGGGGCAACCCGAAUCCCUACCAGCUGCAGCGGUCGCAGCAGGCCAAGCACAAGUCCAAGUCGAAGACGCGGUCGCGGGAGCAGCUGCAGGACAUCUACGGCAGCGGAGCCGAGCGGUCCGACUGGUCCUCGGACGGAGGUCGCUUGUGAGGCACCGACGACCAGGAAGUGUUUGUCUAGCAGCGGUUUCACCUUCAUUACAUUCUCUAAGGAUCGGUGAUGGGACAGUUGAAUCCUCUGAUUUAUCAUAUGAUAUAGGAAUCGUUUUUGUAUCCGGAAUACCUCCCAUCACUGCCCAACCUGAGCCACCUUUGGUUUACGAUCGUCGCAUUUGUAAUGUUUGCCAUCCAAAAAGGAAACUCUAUUCUAUUCUACGAAAUAUCCUCUCUCCCAACUAUCGAAGGUCCUGGGGGCCGAAUCCUUGCUUUAACUACUUUACGCGAUAUCCUUUGCAUAGUUUGCAUAGAACACUUACGAGUAUAUAUUAUAUAUUACUUAACACAUAUGGUAGCAUUGAAUUGAAUGUUGACAACUUG